GAAUUUCCCUAUUCCAUUUUAAAUAGGAAUCAAUUUUAAAUUUAGAAUUUUGAAGGAAUAGUCAUAAAUUGGUGAAAGUUAAAUGAAGUUUGUAACUUUGAAGACAGAAAAGCCCUUUCAUCGUUUUGCAUCACAAAUCCAUCAACCCCAAAUUUCAAUCGGAGUUUACAGAAGGGACGAAAAUGGCGAAAAAUGCAGCAGAUGCACGCAGUAACACUGCAGCUGUUCAAGCUACAAAUGACGACGCUUCUGCUAGCAAAUUGUCCUGUGUGAAAAAGGGGUACAUGAGAGAUGACUUCAUCCAUUUGUUCGUGAGAAGGCCUGUUAGGAGAUCUCCUAUUAUUAAUCGUGGUUAUUUUGCUCGUUUCGCUGCUUUCCGGAAGCUUCUUUUCCAGUUUCUCAAUACUGAUGAUCAUACUAGAAAGCAAGUUUUAUCACUUGGAGCAGGCUUUGAUACAACAUAUUUUCAGUUGCAGGAAGAGGGAAAAGCGCCAUAUCUAUACGUGGAGCUGGAUUUUCAAGAGGUAACAAGCAAGAAGGCAGCAUUAAUUGAGUUUCACGAUGAGUUAAGGGAAAAAGUUGGUGCAACAGCUUCGUUUUCACGAGAAAAUGGGGAAGUGCUUGGAGAUCACUACAAGCUGCUGCCUGUUGAUCUAAGGGACAUUCAAAGGUUAACUGAUGUCAUAGCUUUAGCAAACCUUGAUCCCAGCCUGCCAACAUUUAUUAUUGCAGAAUGCGUUUUAAUAUACUUGGACCCGGAGUCGAGCCGUUCUAUAGUUGGUUGGGCUGCAAAAACAUUUUCGACCACUGUAUUUUUUUUAUAUGAGCAGAUUCAUCCAGAUGAUGCUUUUGGGGAGCAGAUGAUUCGUAAUUUGGAGUAUCGUGGAUGUGGGCUCUUAGGCAUACAUGCGACACCAACUUUGGAGGCAAAAGAAAGACUUUUCCUUGAUCAGGGAUGGCAGAGGGCUAUUGCUUGGAACAUGCUGAGAGUCUACAGUGAAUUCAUCGAUUCCCAAGAAAGACACAGGAUUCAGCGGCUGGAGUUGUUCGACGAGUUUGAAGAAUGGCACAUGAUGCAGGAACAUUAUUGUGUUGCUUAUGCUAUCAACGAUGCUCUGGCCAUGUUUCAGAAUUUCGGCUUUCAUGAGAAAGACGGGAGCAAUGCCAGCUCGACAUGAUCAUGAUAAUCUGAUCAAAGAUAUGGUGCCACCAAGCUCACAACACUUUUCUGUAAGUUUGAUAAAACGAAGAUAUCUUGAAAUGUGCAUGUUGUUUAGCUCCCCCCAACUUGCAGUAGAUGAGUAGACUGUGAAAGGAAAACAACAAAGAAGAAAGGGGGGCAAAAAUGAAAUCCUUUUGUGCUACACUUUCUACAAACGGAUGAUAGCAUAAAAAAAUGUGGUCCGAGUAUGAUGCUUGACUUAUAGGGAAGAUCUAAACUUUCUAUUCUUUUGCUAUGCUCUUUGGCAAAAGAACGUGGUAGGGACCUUUUUUAAAGCACAAAACUGGUGUCACCAAUGGACUUGUGGGGACUUUGGUUCUUUGGUUGGGUCUUUUUAGUUUUUCUAAUCUUUUUCUCUCUCCUAAUUUUUUUUAUUUAUCCUUUUGGCUCUCUUGAGUCACCAGGAUGUCACUUGUUUGGUUGAUAUUGGAAAUUCUAUUCUCUAUUAUUACCCAAAUUGUCCAUUUCUUGGUCACUCAUGUGGUUAAUUAUUGCACAGUUGAUGGUGCCUUUUUUU